GCCAGCGGGGUGCCAGCCCCGGGGAGCGCCAGGUCGGGUUGUGGCGGCUGCUGGGCGUGUUUUGGGUUUUUCAGUUUUAUUUUUAAAGCCCCCCCCCCCCCCGGGACCCCAGCGCGGAGGGGAAUGCGCCGCACCGGUGGCAGGGAUUGGUUAUAAUCUAAAAUUUACAUUCAUCGCAGUCACCACUGCCAAGUACAUUCUCCGAUGCUCAGCCUCUAGUCCACUAGCCUGACAAGGUACAAUAAAUAUUUAGUCUUCAAGAACUGUGUAAUGCUGAAAGCAGAGUGUGGAGGUCAUGAAACAAAGGGCAUGUGUGAAGAUCCAGAGACCAGAUAGGAUGGGUUUCUGAAUGGUACUGCUGGCCCUGUUGUCCUGUCUAAUUUUGCUAUGGUUUAUUUGGACCGAAAUGGCAAGUUCACAGCCCGUUAACCAGCAGACUGAGAGACCUAGUCCUGAGCCACCAGCGGCCUCUGAAAACAAAGAGAAACCUUCAAAAAGAUCAACAUGCCUACUGCAGGAGAGGGCUGUAACACCACCCCAGUCCACAGGGCCUGCUCAGACUUCACCGACCUCUGGACAUGUGUCUGUGGAUGCCUUUCAGCAAGCAGCAAGUAUGCUUUGGCAACACAAACUUCCAAAUAUCCCUUCUUCCUCAGAGCCGGCACAAGAUGUUUCAGCAAACAGUUUAGCAGAGCCUUUAUCUCAAGUUCUGCUUCCUUCAUCAAAGCAGCAGAUGAAGCUAAAGAAGUCCAUCUCCAGGGAAAAGCAGGAGCAGUUUAUAGAACACACUCAGGUACAGCUCAAAAGGCAAGCAAUGGCAAAAUUUGUCCUGGGCUCUUUUGAAGAUAACUCGUCUGAUGAUGAGCUAAUACCUGGAUCCUUUAAAGUCACUAGCAGAAGUAGCAUGAAGAGCAUUAGUUCCUCCUCCUCUUUUGAGUCCUUUUCGCUAACGUCACUGUCAGAGUCUGGAUCUUCUUCCACAACCAUGAGGCCUAGCAUGUCAGGGCUGCACCUGGUCAAGAGAGGCCGAGAGCAGAAGAAACUGGAUCUCCAGAGGGAUUUCACCGUCGCCUCACCUGCUGAGUUUGUGACUCGGUUUGGAGGGAACCGCAUUAUUGAAAAGGUUCUGAUAGCAAAUAAUGGCAUUGCUGCUGUGAAGUGCAUGCGCUCCAUCCGCAGGUGGGCCUAUGAAAUGUUCAGAAAUGAGCGAGCAAUUCGAUUUGUUGUCAUGGUUACACCUGAAGAUCUUAAAGCAAAUGCAGAGUACAUCAAAAUGGCUGAUCACUAUGUGCCCGUCCCUGGGGGAGCCAACAACAACAACUAUGCCAACGUAGAGCUGAUUGUGGAUAUUUCCAAGAGGAUUCCGGUGCAGGCCGUGUGGGCUGGCUGGGGCCAUGCUUCUGAAAACCCUAAGCUUCCAGAGCUGUUGCAGAAACAUGGGGUGGCUUUCCUAGGUCCUCCCAGUGAAGCCAUGUGGGCUUUGGGAGAUAAAGUGGCUUCCACCAUUGUAGCCCAGACUGUCCAGGUCCCCACAUUGCCAUGGAGCGGAAGUGGUCUCAUGGCAGAAUGGACAGAGGAGGAUUGUGAGCAGCGGAGAACAAUCAGCGUCUCCCUAGAGACUUAUGCACAAGGCUGUGUAAAGGAUGUGGAUGAAGGCCUGGAGGCAGCUGAGAGGAUUGGCUAUCCUGUGAUGAUAAAAGCUUCAGAAGGUGGCGGUGGCAAAGGAAUCCGGAAAGCAGAGACCGCAGAGGAAUUCACUGGCUGCUUCAGACAAGUACAGAGCGAGGCCCCAGGGUCACCCAUCUUUGUGAUGAAAUUAGCCCAGCAUGCCCGGCACCUGGAGGUGCAGGUCCUUGCCGAUCAGUACGGGAACGCGGUUUCGUUGUUCGGCCGCGACUGCUCCCUACAGCGCAGGCAUCAGAAAAUAAUUGAAGAGGCACCGGUGAUGGUAGCAGCUCCCUCCGUGUUUGACUUUAUGGAGCAGUGCGCAGUACGCCUUGCAAAGAUGGUGGGCUAUGUGAGUGCAGGGACAGUCGAAUACCUCUAUAGUGAAGAUGGGGGCUUCCACUUUCUGGAGUUAAAUCCCCGCCUGCAAGUAGAACAUCCUUGCACAGAAAUGAUUGCUGAUGUGAACUUACCUGCAGCUCAGCUACAGAUUGCAAUGGGUGUCCCCUUGCACAGAAUAAAAGACAUCCGAGUGCUGUACGGAGAGUCACCAUGGGCUGAUACACCCAUCUGCUUUGAGAGCCCUGCGAAUAUCCCAGUCCCCAGAGGCCAUGUCAUUGCUGCUAGAAUCACCAGUGAAAACCCUGAUGAGGGGUUCAAGCCAAGCUCAGGGACAGUGCAGGAGCUGAAUUUCCGUAGCAGCAAGAAUGUCUGGGGUUAUUUCAGUGUGGCAGCUGCUGGCGGUUUGCACGAAUUUGCUGAUUCGCAGUUUGGGCACUGUUUCUCCUGGGGAGAGAACCGCGAGGAGGCCAUCUCGAAUAUGGUUGUGGCGCUGAAAGAGCUGUCGAUCCGUGGGGAUUUCAGAACAACAGUCGAGUACCUGAUUAAGCUGCUGGAGACUGAGAGCUUUCAGAACAAUGAGAUAGAUACUGGGUGGCUGGACCACCUGAUUGCUGAGAAAGUGCAGGCCGAGAAGCCAGACACCAUGCUGGGCGUGGUUUGCGGUGCUCUGAAUGUAGCAGAUGCCUUGUUUAGGACUUGUAUGACUGACUUCCUGCAUUCGCUUGAAAGGGGCCAAGUUCUGCCAGCGGCUUCCCUGCUCAACAUUGUAGAAGUGGAGCUUAUUUAUGAAGGUGUGAAGUACGCUCUCAAGGUUGCCCGUCAGUCUCUGACAACUUGUGUCAUUAUAAUGAAUAACACUCACAUCGAGAUAGAUAUGCACAGGUUGAAUGAUGGUGGGGUGCUGCUUUCCUAUGAUGGUAACAGUUACACGACGUACAUGACAGAAGAAGUUGACUGCUACCGAAUCACCGUUGGUAACAAAACAUGUGACUUUGAAAAGGAAAAAGAUCCAACUAUGCUGAGAUCACCCUCGGCUGGGAAACUGCUGAAGUACACCGUGGAAGAUGGAGGCCACAUCUUCGUAGGGCACAGUUUUGCAGAGAUAGAGGUGAUGAAAAUUAUUUUGACCCUGGAGGUGAAGGAAUCUGGCCAUAUACGUUAUAUAAAACGGCCAGGAGCAUUGCUGGAGGCAGGCUGUGUCAUAGCUAGACUCGAGUUAGAUGAUCCUACCAGAGUGCAUCCAGCCCAGUUGUAUACAGGUGGCCUCCCCACCCAGCAGAUGUUGCCAAUCGGUGGCCUGAAGCUGCACCAGGUCUUUCACAGUGUCCUGGAGAAUCUGAUCAGUGUCAUGAAUGGCUACUGCUUGCCAGAGCCGUAUUUCAGUGCAAAAAUGAAAGAAUGGGUAUGUGAGCUGAUGAAGACCCUCCGGGACCCCUCCCUGCCUCUUCUGGAGCUGCAGGAGAUCAUGACAAACGUGUCUGGCAGAAUCCCGCUGUCAGUGGAGAAAUCCAUUCGAAAAGUGAUGGCACAAUACGCUAGUAACAUCACCUCGGUGCUGUGUCAGUUUCCCAGUCAGCAGAUCGCUAGCAUACUGGACAGCCAUGCGGCCAGUUUGCAGAGGAAGGCAGACCGGGAAGUCUUCUUCAUGAACACGCAGAGCAUUAUGCAGCUAGUCCAGAGGUACCGCAGCGGCAUUCGGGGCUACAUGAAAUCUGUCGUGUUAGACUUGCUGAGAAGAUAUUUGCAAGUGGAAACCCAGUUCCAACAAGCCCACUAUGACAAAUGUGUGAUCAACCUGAGGGAGCAGUACAAACUGGACAUGACCCCGGUGCUCGAGUGCAUCUUCUCUCAUGCCCAGGUGGCAAAGAAGAAUCUGCUGGUGAUCAUGUUAAUCGACCAGCUGUGUGGUCGAGACUCCACCAUGACAGAGGAGCUGAUGGCCAUUCUCACUGAGCUAACACAGCUCAGUAAAACGGAGCACUCCAAAGUGGCUUUGCGAGCCAGGCAGGUUUUGAUUGCCUCUCACCUCCCUUCUUAUGAACUGAGACAUAAUCAGGUGGAGUCCAUAUUCCUGUCUGCUAUCGACUUGUACGGCCACCAGUUCUGCCCUGAAAACCUAAAGAAACUGAUCCUCUCGGAAACCACCAUCUUUGAUGUGCUCCCUACCUUCUUCUACCACUCCAACCAGCUGGUGCGCAUGGCAGCUCUGGAGGUGUACGUGAGGAGAGGAUAUAUCGCCUAUGAACUAAACAGCUUGCAGCAUCGUCAGCUCUCAGAUGGCACGUGUGUGGUAGAGUUUCAGUUUAUGUUGCCAUCAUCGCAUCCAAAUAGAAUGUCUAUCCCAAUCAGCGUAUCGAACCCUGACUUAGCCAGGCAUAGCACCGAGCUGUUCAUGGACAGCGGCUUUUCUCCUCUGUGUCAGAGAAUGGGAGCCAUGGUUGCUUUUGACAGAUUUGAAGAUUUCACAAGGAAUUUUGAUGAAGUGAUCUCCUGCUUUGCCGACCCACCCUCAGAGAGUCCCCUGUUCAGCGAGGCGCGAUCCACACUCUACGAAGAAGAGGACAAUAAGAACAUCCAAGAGGAGCCCAUCCACAUCCUGAACACAGCCAUCCGAUGGGCUGGCCACCUUGAGGAUGAGGAGCUGGUGCCAGUCUUGAGAACCUUUGCUCAGUCGAAGAAAAACGUACUCGUUGACUGUGGCCUCCGGAGAAUCACAUUUUUAAUUGUGCAGAAGAGCGAAUUUCCAAAGUUUUUUACGUUUAGAGCAAGAGAUGAGUUUGCAGAAGACCGGAUUUAUCGGCACUUGGAACCAGCCCUGGCCUUCCAACUGGAGCUGAAUCGGAUGCGUAACUUUGACCUGACUGCUGUCCCCUGUGCCAACCACAGGAUGCACCUCUAUCUAGGAGCUGCCAAAGUGGAAGAGGGCAAUGAAGUUACUGACUACAGGUUUUUCAUACGAGCCAUUAUAAGACACUCUGAUCUCAUCACUAAGGAGGCCUCUUUUGAAUACCUGCAGAACGAGGGUGAACGGUUACUCCUGGAAGCAAUGGAUGAGUUGGAAGUGGCCUUCAGCAACACCAGUGUCCGCACUGACUGUAACCAUAUCUUCCUCAACUUUGUGCCCACUGUCAUCAUGGAUCCGUCCAAGAUCGAGGAGGCUGUCCGCUCCAUGGUGAUGCGCUACGGCAGCAGGUUGUGGAAACUCCGGGUCCUGCAAGCUGAAGUGAAGAUCAAUAUUCGUUUGACUCCUGUUGGCAAAGCCAUUCCUAUCCGUCUCUUCCUGACCAAUGAGUCCGGCUACUACCUGGAUAUUAGUCUCUACAAAGAAGUGAAUGAUCCCAGGACUGGGAAUAUUAUGUUUCACUCCUAUGGGGAUAAGCAAGGGCCGCAGCAUGGGAUGCUGAUUAACACACCAUACGUUACCAAGGAUCUGCUCCAGUCCAAGCGCUUCCAGGCACAGUCGCUAGGCACUACCUAUGUGUACGACUUCCCUGAAAUGUUCAAGCAGGCUCUCUUUAAAUUGUGGGGCUCUACAGAUAUGUACCCCAAAGAUGUUCUAACCUACACUGAGUUAGUGUUGGAUUCCCAGGGGCAGCUGGUGGAGAUGAACAGGAUACCUGGAGGAAAUGAGGAAGGAAAAGAGAGGGAGAAUGGAGUGGAGCCAGAGAGAGAGAUUAGUUACAGAAUAAUGAAAGGAAGAGAUGUUGGGAUGGUUGCUUUCAAAAUGAAGCUGAAAACCCCUGAGUAUCCCAAAGGCCGAGACAUCAUUGUUAUCAGCAACGACAUCACCUACAAGAUUGGCUCCUUCGGGCCCGAGGAGGAUCUGCUCUUCCUGCGAGCUUCACAGCUGGCCCGCUUGGAAGGCGUCCCACGGAUCUACAUUGCAGCGAACAGCGGGGCACGGAUAGGGUUUGCAGAUGAGAUAAAGCACAUGUUCCAGGUAGCAUGGGUUGAUCCCACGGAUCCCUACAAGGGGUUCAAGUACCUGUACCUGACGCCACAGGAUUACACGAGGAUCAGCUCGGUGAACUCCGUGCACUGUGAGCAUGUAGAGGAAGGAGGAGAGUCCAGGUAUGUCCUAACUGAUAUCAUCGGUAAAGACGAAGGGUUCGGUGUGGAGAACUUGAGAGCAUCUGGUACCAUUGCUGGGGAGUCCUCCAUUGCUUAUGAUGAAAUUGUGACCAUUAGCAUGGUGACAUGUCGUGCCAUUGGAAUUGGCGCUUACCUGGUGAGGCUAGGGCAGCGAGUGAUACAGGUGGAGAAUUCCCACAUCAUCCUCACUGGGGCUAGUGCUUUAAAUAAGGUCCUGGGGCGUGAGGUCUACACAUCCAAUAACCAGCUCGGAGGCGUGCAGAUCAUGCAUAAUAAUGGCGUUUCCCAUGUGACUGUCCCAGAUGACUUUGAGGCUGUCUACACCAUCUUACUGUGGCUUUCGUAUAUGCCAAAGGACAAUCGUAGCCCAGUGCCUGUUACUGCUACAAGUGACCCCAUUGAACGAGAAAUUGAUUUUGUCCCUUCCAAAGCCCCCUACGAUCCCAGAUGGAUGCUGGCAGGAAGACCACAUCCAAUUGUUAAGGGAACCUGGCAGAGUGGCUUCUUUGAUCAUGGCACUUUCAUGGAGAUCAUGCAGCCUUGGGCACAGACGGUUGUAGUUGGCAGAGCAAGAUUGGGAGGGAUCCCCAUCGGUGUGGUAGCAGUGGAGACCCGGACUGUGGAGAUGGCAAUACCAGCUGACCCUGCAAACCUGGAUUCUGAAGCAAAGAUAGUCCAGCAGGCUGGGCAGGUGUGGUUCCCAGAUUCAGCUUUUAAAACUGCCCAGGCUAUAAGGGACUUCGACCGAGAGCGGCUCCCUCUCUUGAUCUUUGCAAACUGGAGGGGAUUCUCCGGUGGCAUGAAAGAUAUGUACGAUCAAGUGCUGAAGUUCGGUGCAUACAUUGUCGAUAGCCUCAGGCAGUUUAAACAGCCUGUUCUUGUCUACAUCCCCCCACAUGCCGAGCUAAGAGGAGGGUCCUGGGUAGUAAUUGAUCCAACAAUCAACCCUGUGUACAUGGAGCUUUAUGCAGACAAGGAGAGCAGGGGAGGCAUUUUAGAAGCUGAAGGAACAGUGGAAAUUAAAUUCAGGAGGAAGGAUUUGAUAAAGACCAUGAGAAGAAUUGAUUCAGUCUAUGCCAGACUUGUUGAACAGCUGGGUACCCCAGAACUCCUAGAAGAGGAUCACAGAGAGCUGAAGAAGCAGCUGAAAGCUCGGGAAGAGCUCCUGUUACCCAUCUUCCACCAGGUGGCAGUGCAGUUUGCUGACCUUCACGACACGCCAGGAAGAAUGCACGAGAAGGGCGUUAUUGCAGAUAUACUUGAGUGGAAGAAUGCCCGUACGUUCUUAUACUGGCGUCUGCGGCGCCUCCUUUUGGAGGAGGCGGUGAAAACGGAGAUUCUGAAUGCGGACAGUGAGCUCAGCAACAUUCACAUCCAGUCCAUGCUGCGCCGCUGGUUCAUGGAGACGGAAGGAGCUGUGAAGGGCUAUCUCUGGGACAAUAACCAGGCGGUGGUGGAAUGGCUGGAGAAACACUUGCAAGAAGAGGAGGGUUCCCGAUCAGCCAUUCGAGAAAACAUAAAAUAUCUGAAACGGGAUUACGCCCUCAGACAUAUCCGGACCUUGGUUCAAGCAAACCCAGAGGUGGCCCUGGACUGCAUGAUUCACUUGACUCAGCACAUCACCCGUGCACAGAGGGCCCAGAUCACUCGUCUCUUAUCUACCAUGGAUAAUCCUCCCCCCUUCUUGACAGAGAGGCCGCAGGUGGGGGUGCCAGGAACAAUCACUGUAGACAAGGAAGCGCACAGAGAGAAACCACUCCUUUGAGACCAGAUGUCGUCUUGCCUGCAUGUAUUCGAACCUAGUGUUGAAGCUUUAGACUCUACUGAUGUCUCUCAGUAAAUGAUGCCAUUGUUGCAUUUUCAACCAUGAAAAUAGUCUUUCUGUGAACACCGUGUUCAUCCUGGACUUGUGGGGACAAUUUAAAAAAACAAAUCCAUUACAGUGACAUUUCUGUGGGAUUUAAAUUCAACCCAAAUUAACCUUGUCUCCAGCACAAAGCCGGUAGGGAUGGGCCCCAGGGUCAUUUUUUAAUUGAAUUUAAAAUCGUUUUUUUUUAUUGUAAACCCAGUAAAACGUUGAGAUACAUUUCAUUAGAAUGAAUGGAGCUGGGAGUAGAAAUCAAACUCUGUAUAAUAGCCAGAAAGAGAAAUAUUUUUGUACUACUGUUUAUUGUUGCUGACCAUCUGCCAGCAUAAUAAGAAAAUCUUAUUUUUAAUGAACAAGAGAAAACUGUGUUUUGGAAAAACAUUCGCACUAACCACUAGAAAACCAUUGGAGAGCCUCUUUAGUCCCCUGCGAUGGCAGUGUUUAGUAGAGGUGAUUAUGAAAUAAUUCUUGGAACAUGGUCAGGGAUUCAAGGGAAGGUUUUGACAGAGCCAUACAUUUCAACCUGUCUUUUUCUUUUUAUUUGUGGUCAGGACACCAAGUUUGCAGCUAUUAACACAGUUGUCAGUGCAUUAAACAGCCCCAGUUCUAACAAGGGAAUGAAAAGGGGCAGUUGAAUUUUCCGUCUCUUCUUUAGUUGGUGUCUCCUUCCAUUUCAUAUUGGAAUUCCCUGGAAUUAUUUCAGGGUCUGCACCUGCUUUCCCACCCACCCACCCACCCUCUAUUUGGAGUGGGGAGGGAAAGCACACGUGGACCUGACCUUGUCAGGGAUUAACCUGACCUCGUGAAUUAGGGUAACACAUCACACACUUCAAACUAUUUAGUUCAGUAAAAGCAAUGAUUUAGAUCUUACUGUGCCUUGUUCUAUUGUGGUAGCAUUUAACAAAUCCAUUUGCCUAAUGUAACUGCAGAAUAGUGGUGAUCCACCCUUUUUGCCAUUUUAAAAAUAAAUCCUCAGGUCACAUAUAUCCUUCGACUGUCCUGGGUUGCAUAACCUCAUGACAAUAUAUGUACCAUGCCUCACUGUAAUCUUUAAUCAUAAUAAGAUACGGCCUUACGGCUCUUAGAUAUGGCCUUAUGGGAAUAAAAUUGGUUACCUGGUUUAAAACCGUAUUCAAGCCAUUAUUUGGCAAUGUUACAGAUCCGUCAGUUGAUUUUAAACCAAAUAAUGACAAAACCAAAGACGCACAGGACAACUGUAUACACAGUGGGCUAGGGAAUGUGAUGAAACAACUUACUAUAUGCAAUGCCAGUGGGGAGGUUUUUCCAAAAAGGAUGUAUUAUGUAUUUUAUUGAGAAGAGGGCAGCAGGAGAGACUUUAAAAGCUCCCUGAUUUAAAAGGUGUUACACCUGCACGAGUUUUGUCAGAGAGAGGAGGAUGUGUUGUUAACAAAACUCACUGUAUGGAAGGAGAAUUGGGAAAUCCAGCCCAACUGCUCCAAAUAAAAGGACGACAUUUUUCA